CCUCAGAGCGUCCCUGAGUGGCAGCAAGACUCCCGGCUUGGACAGAUUCAGCAGCCAAUGGCAUAUCCCUCGACCCAGUGGAACAGUGACCUCUUUGACUUCUGUGAUGACACCAAAGUUUGCUGCAAUGGCUUCUGGUGCUGCUGUUGCAAUGCCUGCUCGGUUUCAGAACAGUUUGGUCAGCCCCCUUGUCUCCCAAUGUGGGACAUAUGCACCCCCGCCUGCACAGCAUGCUGUGGAUUACCAUGCUGCAUCCCUCCUGCUGGCUUGUCUCUGAGGGUUGCUAUACGUUACAAGUACGGCAUCGAGGGAACUCUCUUCGAAGACAUCAUAGUUUCCAGUGUCUGCAUGUGGUGCUCCUGGUGUCAGAUGAGACGCGAGUUGAAAUUUCGCAAAACAAACCCAGUUGUCGUCAACAUGCCUCGCCCAGUGGUGCCGGCUCCUGCACCUACUGCCCCUGCAGUGAGCACAACACAAGGGUUUAUUGCGGCUAGGUACUAA